AUGAGAUUCACACGAAGUAGUAAUACUCAUUCUUCUUCGUCAAAUCGACAUGUUACAUUCCCUGACGCAUUUUGGCAAUGGUAUACAGACAGUUACAUAAAAAAUGAUAGAGACACACUAACAAAGCAUACCCCUUACAAUGAUACCAAAUACUCCGAGAAAUCAUCGGCAGUCACCACUGUCCAGAAAUACUUUGAGCAUUUGAAAUUACCAAUCCCAUCAUCUUAUCAAGUCAUAGCAUCUUUAAAAUCACCAUUCACUCAAGGAGAUCAAAUCAAGACAGUGCAUUUAAUACGAUUUGUCCAGUUGAGUACUCAAGGUUUAUUCUUGACCAAUUCAAGUUUAGAUAAAUUAGGUGGGGUAAUCAGAUUUGCAGGCGCCGAGAAUUGGGAUAAUGUAAUGUGUUAUCUAGAUGCACUUUUAUUCUCCAUGUUUGCUAAUUUAGAAAGUUUUGAACCAAUAUUGUUUAUACCAAAUGCAGCAAAUUCAGAAGUUGAGAGAUUACUGGCAUUAUUGAGAUUAUAUGUGAGUUUAAUCAGAUCAGGAAAUUUGAUAACAACAGAUAUAACUAUACGAUUAUGUGAAUCAUUACAAAAAUUAGGAUUUAAGGAAGCAAUGAGUCAUAAACAACAAGAUUCAGCUGCAUUAUUUGAAUUCUUGACUGAAACUUUAAGUAUGCCAUUAUUGACUUUUAAGAUUGAUAUUCAACAUGGCGGAAAAUAUAAUAAGAAUGAUGAUGAGAAGUUUUCAAGAGAAAGAAUUUUAUUCGUAAGUAUCCCAGAUGAAGAAGUCCCAAGUAUCGAAAUCAAUAAUACUGAAUCUAUGGAAGAAGCAAAUUCAGGUGCAACUACAAUGCAAGCAAAUAACCUGAAGAAUAGUGAUACAACCAGCAUACAAAAAAUCAACAGUGAGAAUACCAGCAAGAGCGAUACCUCCUCCCAUGAUGUUAAUAAUAAUGAAAUGAAUCGUACCGAGAAUGCCAGUAUGCGUACCUUAAAGAGUGAAAAAAUGAAUUCAGAACAGUCAACUGGCUCUCAACAACCUGGCAAACCUGGCAACUCUUCCUCCCAGAAUAGUACCAAUACACAAAAGAGUUCCGAUAUGAAUAGUUCCAGCGAUGUCGAAGAUCUGAUUUUAUUAGAAGAAUGUCUUGAACAUUAUUUCAACAAUUCCAUCAGUGUCGAAAGAGAAUUAGAAAGAAGAGCAUCACUUAUGUCAAUCAAAGCUACCGGAGGAGGUGGCGAUAUGGGAACUUAUACCAUUCCUGAAGAUCCAUCAUAUACUUCAUCCGGAAUAGAUUCCGAUUUCCAUAAACUACAUCAAGAGCAUGUCGAAAAUGUUGAAGAACAAGCCAGCUUAACUCAUAGAAACAGCGGCAGUAUUAAAGACGAUGGAGUCAGAGUUACUUCGCGUACACGUUCCUCCACAUUAUCAAUCUGGUCACUCAACGAAACCGAUAGAAAUACAGGAAAGCCACGAGAAGUUAGUUUACCAGCCUGGAUGUUUUUGAGAUUAUUACCAUUUUAUACAGAUGAUAAUGUCAUGAGUCCAGGUCUGGAAAGCGUCGCCAAGAAUUCAAAAGAAUUUGCCACCAGAAGACCAAUAUUGCCACUUUGUCUCAAACGUUAUCAUUUUAGUAAUUCAACCGCUACGCGAUCUCAGAAACGUAUUAUCAUCCCCCCAGUCAUUAACCUUCCCAAAUUUGUUGCAGAUGAUAUAGAUGGAACACCGAGUUCAUACAAGCUUAUUCUCGAAAGUGCAAUUUGUCAUCGUGGGAAAACCAUUUCCCUGGGGCAUUUCGUUUCUGUCGUACGUAAGAAUACCGAAGAUAGUUUCGAAUGUGAAGAUGCGGCAUAUAAUGCCACUUGGUUCUUAUAUGAUGACAUGAAGAAACAUGCCAGAGUUGUCGAAAAGACGUUCAAAGAAAUUUUCAGCACUGAAUGGCCAUAUAUGUUAUUCUAUAGAUUGGUAUCCACGGAAGAUGAAGUUUUAGACAUUACGAAAAAUCCAUUUAGUGCACCAAAGGGAUCCAAAGGACCAUAUUGGACAGAAGAUUCAUUAUCCCCAAUUCCAUCGGUUAGUAAAACUCCAAGUUUAAUUUCUGAAGAGACGCGUUCUUUAAUAAAACUUAAUAGUGCACCAACUUCAAUGUCCAGUAUACAAUUCCCUGACGUUUUACCCACGGAUCCUAGAUUUGUUGAUAUUAGAAAUAAGUAUUAUUGGUACGUUACAGAUGAAGAAAAGAAUUAUUUCAAAGAAGAACCAAGUGUUUCCAAGAGUGGAUCAAGAUAUGCCAGUGUGAGUUUAAGUCCUCAACAUAGACGAAAUAGUCAAUGGAGUAAUUCUAGUAGUAAUUUACAAUUAUCUGCCCUUGAUUUACUGGAUCCUAAGAGAAAAGCUUCUUCAGCCAUCUCAGAAAAGAAACAACAGAAUAAGAAAAGUUCUGAACAGCAGGACCUGACAGAACAACAGCAACAACAAGCGCAAGCUCAGAAGGACCAUUUAAAUUCUCCAUCUGAGGAUUCUAUUUGGAGAAGGGCGAUUAAGAUUGCAUCUCCAAGUACGAAAUUAGAUUCAACUGAAUCAUUUGGUGAGAUUCAAAAACUGGAAUCACUCAUUCCUAGUGUAUCCCAUGGAGAAGCGACACCAUCUCAUCAAGAGGCACAUCAUUCAUCACAUAAGUCGCAUCAUUUUUAUCAUAGGUAUAGAAAGAAGACGGACGCUUAUCAGGAGAAAAAUUGCACGAUUAUGUAG